UCCUCGACGCUCCUAUUAAAUUCAAUGGACAAUGUGAACCACGCGUCGUAGCGCUUGUCCAGGUCAGGGAAAAAUGGAUGAUCUAAAUCCCAGAAUAUUGGUCUUUUCUUGUAGGCUUCAGUGAAUUGUAAUAUUUCUUUUUCUGACCAGUCCAUGAUACUGUCUGUAGCAACAAACAGAAGGAAAGCAAUAAUUUACUUGAUUAUACAUUGUUGAAAACAAAUGCGAAAAAAAGAAAAAAGUUGCAAAAAGUAAGUUUGUUUUGAACAUUGAACAGGAAACUCGAAUAUUCUAGCCAUUUAGUAGAAGCGGGACAGAAAUUAGUACAUCUGCUCUCUUCUAUUAGCCGAAACUAAACCGCGGAGCGCUUACGUUGCUUGCUGUUGCGUUUCAAAUCUGGCAUUAGCUGCGUUCAGCUGAUUCUUUCACAUGGUUGGUCAGCCUGCACGUCAGAGAUGGCAGCACUCCAAGAAAAACAAAUAUCAAAUGUGGUCGAAACGUGUUUCGUGCGAAAGAUUUGUUAGAAUUUGUAAAUAAAGCUAAUAUAAAAUUUUAAAAAGAUUAUCAUAUUAUAGUAAUCCAUUACGAUGGUGCGAAAGUUAAAAUAUCACGAACAAAAGCUACUGAAGAAGGUGGACUUUUUAUCAUGGCAGGCCGACAAUAAUCUCCACGAGGUUAAAGUUCUCAAGCGAUAUUGUAUUCAGAGAAGAUCAGACUACACAGUGUACAACAAAUUGUCACGUGAAAUACGAGAAUUGGGUAAGAAGAUCAAGGAAGUUGAACCUGACCAUCCUUUUCGCAUAGAACAGAGUGCUUUGUUGCUGGAGAAGCUGUACAUGCUGGGCUUGAUUUCCACGAAGUGGGAUUUGUCCCAAACUCAAAAGGUAACUGCCAGCUGCUUCUGCAGACGGAGACUUCCAGUUGUUAUGGUGCGCAACAAGAUGAGUCAAACAAUACCAAUGGCAACAAAAUUGAUAGAACAAGGCCAUGUUAGAGUCGGAGUGGAAGUUGUGAAAGAUCCUGCAUUUCUAGUAACGAGAAACUUAGAAGACUUUGUAACAUGGGUGGAUACCUCUGCUAUUAGGAAACAUGUGUUGCAGUACAAGAAUGAGAAGGAUGAUUUUGAUUUGGUAUAAAUCUACAUAUUAGAUUUUUUUUUAACAAAAUUUUAUGUACGUUCCGAAUGUAUGCACUGAAAAGUAAUCAUAUCGACGUUUAAGAUUUUAUCAGAUUAAUUAUAAUUAAUUAUAUUAAUGAUUUAUAAGUGAUAUACACGCAUAAAGUGAUUAGCAAUUUGCGAAUGAUUUAAUUAAUGAUUUUAUUUACUAACCUGAGGUUUGACACUCGAUCGGCUAACUUAUAUACGUUUCUUCGACGAGUUUUAAGAUCAGUUUCUGUUGUUUUAUGAUUAAUAGAAUUUCGCGAGUCAAGUGCAUUUGAAGCAGUCAUUGCUUGAACUUUUGCAUUAGUUUUAGAAAGUGUAUUACAAGUUUCCUUUGAUCCUUUCAAACUGUGUGUAUUAAAUGCAGGUUGUUUUAAUUCUAAGGGUGAUUUUGUUUCCUGCAUGUUAUUAAGACGGCAAGAUUUGAAUGGAUUCGUUAAUAUCGGCUUUUCGCGCACAUUUCGAGAAUCGUCAAUAAUCGUUGUGCGAUCUUUCAAGUUUAUGCAACCGUAUACUCGCUUGUACGUGACAUUGUCCACUUUUUGCGCCUCGUAUGACAGUGUCACAUUUAUCGAUGUAUUUCUUUCUUCAAUUUUCGCCUGAUUUUCUAUUACACAGUUAGAAUCAUCAACGUGUAACGGAGAUUGAAGCAAUGAAUUGUUUGCAUUUUUAGCCAAGUUUUUCAUCAGUUCUUUCGAAGAAAGAUAAACUAACGAUUUAUUCGAACUGUGCGUCUUCAACACAGAAUCUAAUUGCAUAGUUUCAUCGUUUGCAAUUUCCUGCGAAUGAUUUUGCGAAGUGCUUGUACCGCAAGUGGAUAUAAUGAAGGACGGCACCCCGAUGCUGAAAAUGGAUCGCAAUUCAGAUUUGCAGGACGAACACAAGCUCAAACAGUCUUCUUCUUGCGAGCAGUUUUCACUUUCUAACAUCGUGACUUUUACAAACGCGAUGAAUAUAUAUAUAUAUAUACGUUUUAUAACUCUAAUGAGAUUUUUGCAGGUAGUCAACUGUACAGAUUCGUUGUAUUGAAGUUUAUUAAAAGUUGGAUUACAUAGUUGUUGCCACUUUCAGAUUGCACGAAUCACUUGAACAAAGCUACGAAGAAUAGUUCACAUAAAAGUGUAAUCGCAUGAUAGGACAGUCACUGAAUAGAACAAAUUUCGUUCAGUUUAGCGCACACAUUUGGUUCUUAUAAUUGGCGAUAACACAAACAUCGCAAGAGAAAUACGGUAAGACUUAAAAAAUAGCCAUUUAGUGUUCGAAAUGUGCGGCGAGGAGAUAUAAUAAUGAAGUUUUACACAACUUGCUGACACCAAAGGUUCGACGAAUCGAUAAACGAUUUGGAGUUUACAUUACAUUAGAAAUAAUAAUAUUACCAGAUUUCAAGAAACGCAACAUUAGAAAAAUGAAAAAAAAAAAAUUGAUAUAGCAGCGGAGAUAAAUCUCGCACCACGUGCGCAUUCCGAGCAGCCACUCAUUCAUAUACUUAUAAUGAUAAUUAGUAUUUAUUAUGAUUAUGAUACAAAUGUUACAUGUUAAUAUCUUUAUAAUAAUCGGCAGUCUCUGUGCUGGUCUCUGUGACACCGCCACCGCGUUAAAGAAUCUUUAUUACGUUCUAGAGACGGCACUUCUCUAAAACAUAACUAGUAGAUCAAAACGGGAGCGUUGUGUCGGCUCAGGUCCCUAAGUAUCUCCUCUCCCUUCUUCUCCUCCUCCACCAUCAACUAUUUACAUAAUUGCCUUGCGGAAUCUCUCCAUAAUACGCUGCAUUUUUAAUUUAUUCAAGGAAGAGAGAAAAAAAAAGACAUUUACAUCGUUUUAUCCCGAUUAAUAUCUAUUUGUCGCAGCGUAUCGCCACAUCUCGUGAAAGUUUUACCAAUUUGUUCAAAAAUGAAAUGAGAAUCGUGAAUCAUGAAUCACGCGUUUCAUCUGCAGAGGGUAAUAAAUAUGCGUUUUCAAUGUGAUAAUUGCAGGUAUAAAAGGCUCGUAGUGAAAUAUCGUACAAAAGAAAGAAGCAAAGACGACGUGAAGAGAAACGAAAGAAACGAGUAACACAAUAUAGAUAGGCAAGACAUCCACACUAACCCGCGAAAUACAAUAACGGUGCCUCUUGUACUUAUCAAACGUGUUUCGUAUUACUAUCUAUUGUUCAUUUCCUCUUAUGUGGAUAUAUUGUUAUAUAUAGAAUUUCGCGUCGACUAGCUAUUUGCAAUUUCGUGCCAUUCCCGAAAAAAAUUUAUACUCUUUCUGAUCCUACUGUUCUUUGUACAAGUUCGUUAACGUAUUUUAUUCUAUCAAUUAAUCUUAGCGAGAUACUCAGUGAAUUAAGUUGUCUGUAUAUCUUAUUUUUGGAACAAACAUACUGUUGCAAUAUAAAAUGUGGAUUUUUUUUCCCAUAAUAAUUGUAUCACAUUCCAUAAAAAUAUUACUGAAAGACUAUAUAAGACGCAGAGUAUCACGCUAAAUACGAAUUUGCGACCUACAUCGCUAUAUUUAGAGUCGCUCAAAUUCUGAGAAAUCGAUAAGAUUCUUUCGGUUAUUUCUCAGGUUUUGGAGAAUUCAUCCAUUUAAGUAUCCAUGCUUCUUUCGAUAUUUCGAAUAUCGGAAAUAAGUUGUGUGAUUUUAGAUGCCAAAAUAAAUGUUUCGGUAGAAAUAUUGCAUGAAUUAUUAUUAUGACAAGGAAUGAUGAUUUAUGGUGUAAUAAGAAUAAAUCAAACAGAAUUUGAAAAAGCUAGAUGCAUUUCGAUGUAGCAGCCCACAGUGGUGAAAGAAAUUAAAAAUUGUUAUGAAAUGGCCGACUUUCGUAUCAAUAAAUACAACAGUUUCAGAAAUGGAUGACUGCUUUGAUGGAAAAAGAAAGAUUCUUACAGUUGUACAUUACUAUCUAUAAAAAUUUCAACGUUUUAAAUUUUAAUAUGCUCUUCGCGUCACGCUCGUGUUGCAAUAAAUAGUCGCACAAUUUCUACAUAGGCAAUCUCAUAUAUGCUACUGUACAACAUGAAGUGUAAAAAGGUUCUUCCACCUUUCUCACUUCAAUUUAAGUGUAAAAAUUUAUCGACAUGAACGAAAGGAUGUUCAAUUAUAACUCUCGUAUAUCUGACACUGAAAGAUUCUAUACCGUAGAAUUUCAAAGUAUCAUCCGUUUUAUGGAUUGCAAUAAUAUUCUGUUUAAGACGACUCAAUUUCACGAAAUAAUUAUCUCAUAAAGCAUAAUAAAUUAAAACCGCUUAUUUUAUUAUCUAUUACACUAUAUUUCACUCACAGGGCCAAUCAUUCCACCUUCCGAGAAAAUAUCCGAUAGUUUCUUCGACAAAAAUAAAUCUCUUCUCCCUGCCGUAGCAUGGGCUUGUGAUGCAGAGUGAUAAGUUGGAAUGAGUGUUGGAAAGACCGGCCCUUAAAGACAAUAUUGAAUUUAUGCUUUUGUUAAUCCUCCAAUAUUAUGCUAUCUCAUGUCUUCUUUUACACGUUUACCACAAUUAAUAAAUUAGUAACAGAAUUCCGCGCGAAAACUUAAUGGCAUCACACGUUAAAUCAACAAUCCUCUCCUAGAGCGUCAAAUCAAGCGUUAGAUAGUAUUUUCCCUGUAAAAUCCUGGAUGAAAAUGAAAUGGAAAUUAUAGAACGGACAUCAAGAUAUGAAUCGCCGAUAGACAUAAGCUUUGGAAGAUUGACAAUGUACUCAUUUUGUCCAUUCAAUCGUGAUUUUUACAAAUUAUAUUUUUACAUAUCGGAAUGCACGUGGUACUAUUUCAUUACGUAUCAUUAUAACAUUAUGGCUGCGAAAUAUGCGGUGGAAAAUCGAGAAAAUCGAUCUUUAUCACCUUUGGUGUCAACUGUUGUCGGUGAAAAGUAAAAUGCACAUUACUAUGCCGGAAUAUUGUACAAUCAAUACGAUUGCAAUCAAUAAUACAAUAAUAACGAAUAAGUACAGAAUGUGUUAUGUGCGCUCAAUUUCGUUUGGAGAAUAUUCAUGCAUCUUUUACUAUAUCGAACUCGAUAAAUUGUUUUUUUUUUUUUUUUUUUUUUUUUACUAUACGUUGU